UUAGAUCAAUGGAUCGCCUCGGAAAAAUUGUUGAAAGCAGCUGAAGUUCAUGGGCUUUCAUAUGCUAAUUUGAAAGAUCAGGUUUAUAAAGAUGAUCCUACUAAGGAUAGAUUCAAAUUGAGGGAUAAUUGGGUCACUUUAGCAAAAUGUGCUCAGAGACCGCAGAUUGAAAGAAAAAAAGUUUAUCAGAUGAUCCCACAGGCAUUCUUUGAUAGAGUUCUUGCUGUUGAAGUAAAGGCUGAUCUCAUGAAAGCUGUAGACAAGAUCGUUAAAAUGUAUAUAAGGAUAUCAAUGAGAAAGUGAAUGGGCUAAUCUCUAUUGUGAAUGGUGAUGAUGGUGUAGCCCUUACAAUGGAUGAAAUUAUAAACAGAAUCAGGGAGAAAUCACAUAAACUUCGUGGUAGAGAAAGAGCAAUGCGUUAUAAGAUUUUGCAAGAACUCUCAGAUAGGGUUCAUGCUACUGAACAGGUCAUGGAAGAGAUUCCUUUAAACCCGACUGAACCGAAUGUGGUUGAGAACACUAUUGAACAGGUCAUGGAAGACAAUCCUUUAAACCCGAAUGAACAGAAUGUGAUUGAGAAUAAUGCCUUGGGCAUGCUAGACAUUAUUAUCAUAAAUCAAUUAUCAGAUGAUAAUAUCGAGAAACAAGUAAAUCUGUUAGUCUCCAAGUUCGAGCCCGGAGGUUUAAAACUAGAGGAUCUUCUGAACUUAAUGAUGAAGAAUGCAUCAAAGUUUCCAGAAAGACACUUUACAUUUGGCAUGGCAAUCGAGUAUCUGUUGAAUUCAUUUCCCAAUCAAAAGGUCAUGUUGAGGGAAACUCUUUUCACUUGGUUUCAGCAAGAUCAAAGGCUGUUAAGGCUUUUGGCUGAGCUUAUGAUCCUAGGAGUUCUUCAUGACGAUCAGGUUAUUGAUAUUAUUCAGAUAUGGGCCGUUAAGUGCACAAGUGACCAAGAUUUACUCAACGACUUGCGUGAGUUCUGCAAUAUGAGCAGCCGAAAGCUGGAUGCAAUGGCUAAGAAGACAAAGAAACGCUUUAAGCGAUGCGUGAAGUUUUUGCUAAAGUUCAAAAGUGGCUUCUGGGUUCCCGUUGAUGCUGAGGAUGUGGCUUCUGCUGGACAAGAGACCAGUUCAUCGACUGCCAGCUUGGAACUUGAGAAAGAAGGUAAUAAUUCUACAGAAGUAAAUGAGGAUAGAAAUAAAAAAAGGAGGAGAAUUGAGGAAAAGAUGCCCGAAUGGGGCAAGUCUCGUCUUGCAAUGGGUCUUUUAAGCUCCCAGCUCUUAAUGCGUCAAACAAAGAGGGGCAUACUGUUAUUCUUCGUUUUAUGCCGACUGCAGCUGAAUUGCAGUACGAUAUUAAUCUGCGAACCAGACUGAUGUUGUUUGUUGGGGAUAGAUGCACAAAUUUUGGUCCAGGAAAUAUAGUUGAGUCAUACAAGGACCUGCGUCACCUACCUCGGGCAGUUAUUUUGGUGAGGUUCACAAGCUAUGAGGAUGCACAAAGCUUUGUAACAUCUAUGCAUGAAAGCGAGUGUGAUGGUAGGCAAGUACAUGCUAGUAUGGACGAUUCCAACUUGAUGCUUUAAGGCUUCUACAGCAACAUGAACACAACACACUUUCCUCGUAUGAUUGACUUUAAAGUAGUGGUAGUGAUAGGUUACAGAUUUAUCAGAAAUACUCAAUUUUGGUAAAAACUGUUGGUUAAACUUCAACAUAGAAGUCACUAACAAGCUG